CCUGUCACUUGCAGCCUCUGUAGAAAUCACCAGUGAGUUUUCAGUCAACUGGUAUAGAGAAAAGUCAGUGAGAUAUAGGACGGUCUUUACCUAAAGCCCAGCUGGCUCCAUAAAAUUUAUUCUUAAAGCUAGGCUACUUGAGAACACAGUGACAGGUUAAUGGGAGGACAGACAUGACAAACUACCUUCUUUCAUCACCCGCCCUGUCCUCAGGACCAAGGCAGAGGCAGUAGGCCAGUGGCUUGAUGUUCCUCUCCCUGAAGACCCAAAGACUUGGUUUACUUUAGGCGUGCUUGUUCUUGUCUUUUUUUGGGUGCUCACUUUUUGUCACUGAUUUGGAAUACACUGAUUUCUCAGGAGAAAGAGUUUGUGUAAAGCUUUCCUCCUGGAUUACUUGUGGAGAUUAGUGAUGGGGAAUGCAGCUGCUGGGGGCUUGGAGCAGGAACCGGCUGAGGGCCGAGAGGCCAGGAACUCAGUUGGAGCAGUUGCAUCAAUGAGUGACCCUGCUCCAACUCUGCAGAAGAAACAGCCGGCUCCCCCCAAACUGCCCAUGCCCCCAGAGGAGGAGCUGGAGGAGCGCUUCAACGUGGUGCUGAGUUACAUGAACUUGCCCCCAGAUAAACUGAAGCUACUGAGUCAGUAUGAUAAUGAGAAGAAAUGGGAAUUAGUCUGUGAUCAGGAGCGUUUCCAGGUGAAAAGCCCCCCCUCCACUUACCUGGCCAAGAUCAAGAGCUUCUACCAGGAUCAAGGAGGGGUGUCUCGCAGGCAGAAGAAACGGAUCCAAGAUGCAACUCAGGUCCUUAAAGAUUUAGAGAUAUCUCUUCGCACCAAUCACAUUGGAUGGGCCCAAGAGUUUCUCAGUGAGCAGAACAAUGGUUUGGAUGUUCUGGUGGAAUACCUGUCCUAUGCACAAAGUGACGCCUCGUUUGAGGUGGAGAGUGUUGAAAAUGGUGGCACCCUGUCAGACAGACAAAAGCCAGCGGAGAGGUCGAUGGAAGACUUGACCAAGAGUUCCAGCAGCUCUCAUUCACAUGGGAUGAGCAGAGCAGCUCGAGCAUUGACUGUAAGAUUAAGCAAUUUCGGGAGCAAGAUGACCAGAAAGCCCCAUUCGUCCAACCAGAGAGAUGAUGUACAUGUGUGCAUAAUGUGCCUGCGAGCCAUCAUGAACUAUCAGUCUGGUUUUAACCAGGUGAUGAGUCACCCAUGCUGCGUGAAUGAAAUCACCCUCAGUCUCAACAGCAGAAAUCCCAGGACCAAAGCCCUCGUGUUGGAGUUGCUGGCUGCUGUGUGUCUUGUCAGAGGAGGACAUGACAUCAUUCUUUCUGCUUUCGACAAUUUCAAAGAGGUGAGCAAAGAAAAGAACCGCUUCGAGAAGUUGAUGGAAUACUUCAUUAACGACGACAGCAACAUUGACUUUAUGGUGGCUUGCAUGCAGUUCAUAAACAUUGUGGUCCAUUCAGUGGAGAACAUGAACUUCCGUGUCCAUCUCCAGUAUGAGUUCACUCAUCUUGGAUUGGACAAGUAUCUAGAGCAUCUGAAGCAUACAGAAAGUGAGAAGCUGAAGGUCCAGAUCCAAGCCUACCUGGACAAUGUGUUAGAUGUAGGAGCCCUGCUGGAGGAUGCUGAGAACAGAGGAGGGGAGCUGGAGAACGUGAAUGAACUGCAGGAACACAACAUAAUGCUCAGUGCUCGGCUUGAGGAGACUCAGAGUCAGACUGCAGAGAGAAUAUCUCAACUUGAGACUCAGCUCAUGCAGGCCACCAAGGAGACUGAACUGCUCAAAGAAAGCCUGAGAGAAUCCUGUUCCCAGGUUAGCACACUGCAGCAGAGAGAAAGAGAGCGGGAGCUGGACAGGGAGAGAGAGAAGGACAGGGAGCGCCUGAGCACCUGCACUCCUCAGGCCCACUCAGAGCUUGAGCAGAAGAUCCAGGAGCUGCAGGACAAGGGGCUGAUCCGACUGGGACGCAGCGCCUCUGGAGGUCUGGACAUCCAGGUCAUACCUGUCACGGUGGUGGAAUAUGUCCAAGCCCCGGCUUCAGUCGCCCAGCCCAGUGCUCUGAGCCCUGAUGAUUCAACCUCCCCAGUGUCCAGCCUCCCUAACUCUGCCUCUUCCCUUCUGCCACCGCCUCCUCCUCCUCCUCCCCCUCCUGGUGGUUCAGGCCAGAUUACCUCUCCUCCUCCACCAGCAGCUGGUUUUGUGCCCCCACCUCCCCCUCCUCCACCUCCUGCUCCUGGGUUAGGGGGUCCACCUCCUGCUCCUCCUCUGCCUGGUGCUGGACCACCUCCCUCUUCUUUUUCUGUUUCCUCAGGGCUUAAGAGCAAGAAGGCCAUUCAGACCAAGUUCAGGAUGCCACUGUUAAACUGGCAGCCCUUAAAACCAAACCAGGUGACAGGUACUGUCUUCAAUGACCUGGAUGAUGAGCAGGUCUUAGGGGAACUGAACAUGGAUAUGUUUGAGGAACAUUUCAAAACCAGGGCCCAAGGUAAUCCAGCAGAUCUGUCUAAUAUAAAGAAGAAGUCAGUCAAGAAGAUCCCCACCAAGACAUCCUUGAUUGACCCAAACAAGGCCAAGAAUCUGGCCAUCACUCUACGCAAGGGAGGAAUGAACCCCUCACUUAUAUGCACCGCCAUAGAGACGUAUGACCAGAAGUCUCUGUCCAUAGACUUCCUGGAAUUGCUCGAGCACUUCAUACCAUCAGACUUUGAGAUGAAGCUGCUGGUUAAUUACGAGAAGGACGGUCGUCCCCUUGAGGAGCUGGCUGACGAGGACAAAUUUAUCUUACGCUUUGGGAAGAUUCCUCGUCUGAGCCAGCGGAUAAACACCCUCACUUACAUGGGCAACUUUCCGGAGACCGUCAAACGCCUGCAGCCGCAACUGAACUCCAUAAUUGCUGCGUCCAUGUCCAUCAAGUCUUCAACCAAACUGAAAAAGAUCUUAGAAAUUGUUCUCGCCUUUGGCAACUAUAUGAAUAGCGGUAAGAGAGGCGCAGUGUACGGUUUUCGGUUGCAGAGUCUGGACCUUCUAUUGGAGACCAAGUCCACCGACCGCUCACAGACGCUACUUGAUUUCAUCACUAAUAUCAUCCAGGAAAAAUACUCCGAUCUGGCCAACUUCCACACGGAGCUACACUUUGUGGAUAAGGCAGCCCUUGUAUCCCUGGACAGCAUUCUUCAGGAUAUCCGCUCACUGGAACGAGGAAUGGAAAUGACCAAAAAGGAGUUCCUGGUGCAGGAUGACAGCCCUGUGUUGAAGGAAUUCAUCAAAACAAACAGUGAGCAGCUGGAAUCUUUGAUCAAAGACAGCAAGACAGCACAGGAGGCUUACGGCUCUGUGGUGGAGUAUUUUGGAGAGAACCCUAAAACCACACAACCUUCCAUGUUUUUCCCAAUGUUUGCACGCUUCAUAAAAGCCUACAAGACAGCGCAGCAAGAGAUUCAGCGGAAAAAGAAAAGGGAGAGCGAGAGUAGUGAGGGAAAAGAGGCUUCAUCUCCAAACAAGCCUGCGGCACAAAAGGGGCCUAUGAUGCCUAAGAUGCCCCAGAUGGACCUGAUAGCAGAGCUGAAGAAGAGGCAGGUGAAACCACAGGUACGCGAGGGGAAGGACGGAGCUCUGGAAGACAUCAUCACAGACUUGAGAAACACACCAUUCAGGAGGGCAGACGGUCGACGGCCAGCACAGCGCCAGGACACCUGAACCAUUUGUGGUCCAAGACUUUUACACAAAUCUGUCAGGCAUUUACAGUGUUCUGUAUAAACGGAACGUCAAAAAUAUAUAAUUAGCCAUAGGGCACUAUGUAUUUUCAUCAACAUUUUAGUGUGAAUUUGCUUUGUAAAUAGAAUUUUGUUGCAAGUAUGAUAUUUUUGAUGCAACAGUGAAAUUUUAUUCCAAAUCUUGUGACAAAGCUUUUUAAUUAUUUCUGUGGUGCCUCAUGGUUGUGUAUGCUCUAAAUUUGUGGGGUUGUUACCUACAAAAUAAGAAAGUAA